CAUGAAUUCCUCUGCCACUGUCUGACCCAAAUGGAGGAGUCUGGGCGAUGGCUGGGUUGGCAAGAGGAUGUGGACCCUAGAUGCCCAGUCAGGGCCAAUUUCAAGUUCAAGAUGAGGAACAUUAUAACAUGCUCCAGCUGUGGAUCCCAGCAGAACAAAGUGGAAGUGUUUAAUCACAUCUCUCUGCCCCUGGUGCACAACUCAGUGGACGAGUGCCUCUAUGACAUAGUUAAUAACCCCACAGAGUUAGAGAGCAAAUGCAAGGUGUGUGGAGGAGAAUGUGCCAAGUCCAGGUGGAUGUUCCACACUCUGCCCAGGUUUCUGAUUCUGCAGCUGAACAGGUUCAAAGUGACUGAAUAUUACACAGUCGUCAAGCUGCAUAUGCCAGUGGAGAUCAAACCUGAGCUGCAGAUAAACUGUCAUCCUGAAUCCGAUAUGCCCGGAAUAGGUACGUCGCAAGCAAAAAAACUAGUCCGAGCCUCAAGUCCAAGAGAGUCAUCUAAUGUUUACAGCCAGUAUAAAUCACAUCCAUAUUAG